CGGCGCCGAGCGCGACGCUGAUUAGCUGCGCGCAGCUCAUUUGCAUUAACGUCAGUAAAGGCUGUAGGUCAAUCCUUGCGGGUGCUUUUAUUGGAUGUGCCGCUGUCAAGCAGUGCCGAAGAAUUGGAAGGGCAAACGCCAGAAAAGGCAGAGGGGAAAAGACAAACAUACAGGAAAAAAAAUCAGCAUUAUGUAGCGCAGCUCUGUCUUUCCUUCUGUCUGUCUUUCUUUCUUUUUUUCUUUAACCUCCACCCUCGUCAACCUGAAAUAAUCCCGCCGUCCCUGAUCCCGGAGCCGAAACUUGCGGACACGGAGAGAGAGAGGUCUUGUUUUUCUUUCUUUCUUUCUUUUUUCUGUCUUUUUCUUUGGGGUAGGGGGUUAGAUUUUUCUUCCUUCUGUGGUGGCACCUCCACACAUCACAGCCUGUCAGCCUCUACAUCCCCCCUUUUUUUUCUCCCUGUCUUCGCCAGAAAUGAAAGGAAACCGACGGCGGAGCUUGGAAACGUUGUAGCCAAUUGCACCCGGGUUUGGAGCUCUCGCAUGAGGCGGAUCAUCCUCCGCCGGGCGGCGGAUGAAGCCUGAAUGGAGACUCUGCAGCAGCGAGCCAUCCGCGGACACUUCUCCCCCCCUCCCCUGCUUCCUAAACCGGUGACUCGGGCCUGAUAAAUGGAGCGUUCCCUCGGCGUACACGGCGUUAUGUUCCGCGCAGGGUGUUUGACAGCGGCCGGGAGAAGAAGAAGAAGCCUCUGCAGUGAGAAUAUUUCACCCUGUUGAUGAUGAACCGCUCAGGACUGGAGCAAAGUGUCGUGAGAACCGCUUCAUGGCUCGUGUCUUCAGCUGAAGUGGACACACACUGUUAGAGACAACACAGAAUAAAAGCAUUAUUAUUUUUGCCCCCCCUUUUUUUUUAAUGGCUCCGUAGCCAUUUGGACGCAGAAAUGGAUAAAACUAUUGCAUGAGGCAGGCGUUGGUGUUGGUGGUGGAGGAGGAGGGGGGACGACUGCAUGGUUGUCUUUCCAGGCCUUGUACUUGAUAACAGUUGAAGUUGAGGGAGAGAAAAUGCAAUGAGAAAAUGGUCAAUGUGGUACGAAGGAGAAGAAGAAGAAGGAGUGAGGGACAAACUGAACCAUGUGGAUGUGAGCUGCUCAGCUGAGGAAUAACGGAAUCCAAGAGUUUUAUCCCAACGAUAAGACAAGGCAGCUGCAGUUGGAUUAAAAAAAAAAGAAAGAAAGAAAAGAAAGAAACUCUCCAAUUAACUUUACGUGAAAAAGAAAGAAAACAAAACAGUGGGAGGAAAUCAGCUUCCUGGUGAGGGGAAGAUAUAUUGUUCAUGCCUUCUUGUGUUGGAGCAUUUGAAGAACCUGCGUUGCUGUGGCCUAGAUGACACAUACACAUGUAUUUAUAUUUAAAAUUUAAAAAAAGAAAAGAAAGAGAGCUAUGACACAUUAGGUGGCAGAGUUGACCUUUCACAUGUGCUAAUGACACUUGGUGUGUAGCCUCAACAUAAAAGCACUUGUGCAAAAAGAAGAGGAAGAAGAAGAAAAGAGACAACAACAACAACAACAAAAAAGAAAGAGAGAGAGAAAGGCUGAAGUGGGUUGAAGCAUGGGCUGUGCUUCAAGUAUUCAUAUCUCUGAUAGGGUGGUCUACCACAGUGGAAAAGAGUCCGAGGAUUCCCACUCACCCCAGCAGACUAAUACCACUCAGCAUCAAGGAAAUCCUGCCUCGGGACUGCCCCUCAAACCCCCGAGCUGCAAGACCACACACACAGAGGUGCAAUUUGGACCAAUGAAGUUAUUUAAAGACCCACUUCAGGUACUUUUAGUUUUUGCCAAAGAGGACAGUCAGAGUAAUGGCUUCUACUGGGCGUGUGAGAAGGCCAACUUCAGGUGCAGCAUGGCGCGGACACCAGAGUCGGCCCUCGAGUGCUUCUUGGAGAAGCAUCACAACCUUGUCAUCAUCGACCACAGACAUUCCAGACACUUUGACGCUGAAGCGCUGUGCCGGUCAAUUAGAGCGGCCAACUCUUCAGAAAACACUGUGAUAGUCGCCGUUGUGAAAAGGCCGGACAGAGAAGAAGCCUCUGUGAUGCCCCUGAUCAAUGCUGGCUUUAAUAGGAGAUAUGUGGAGAAUGCCAAUAUGAUGGCCUGCUACAAUGAGCUGCUACAGUUGGAGCACGGUGAGGUGCGGGCGCAGUUCAAACUGAGGGCUGGAAAUGCUAUUUUCACAGCCCUAGAACAAAGCCAGGAGGCCAUAGAGAUCACAUCAGAAGAUCAAGUAAUUCAAUACGUGAACCCCGCCUACGCCUCCAUAAUGGGCUACCAACAAGGCGAGCUAAUAGGGAAGGAAAUAAUAGAAGUGCCUAAAAGUGAGAAGAAUAAGCCUGAUCUCCUUGAAACAAUAAACUCCUGCAUACGGAAAGGAAAGGAGUGGCAAGGGAUUUAUUAUGCCAAAAAGAAGAAUGGAGAGAGCAUUCAGCAAAAUGUGAAGAUCACACCUGUGAUUGGACAGGGAGGAAAAAUCAGACACUAUGUGUCUAUCAACAGGCCUUUAAAUGAUAAUAAUAAGACUGAUAAAUCCACUGAGCGUGUGCAGGCAGAGUCUCAGACAGACAUCCAAUCCAGUAAGCACAAAGACCGCAGGAAAGGCUCUCUGGACGUCAGAUCCACAACGUCUCGGGGGAGCGAUGGGAGCUCGCAGCGAAGACACUCCUCAAUGGCCCGCAUCCACUCCAUGACCAUCGAAGCUCCCAUCACCAAGGUCAUCAACAUCAUCAAUGCAGCGCAGGAGAGCAGCCCCAUGCCUGUGGCGGAAGCCUUGGACCGGGUACUGGAGAUCCUGAGGACCACUGAGCUCUACUCGCCGCAGCUGGGCACCAAGGACGAGGACCCCCAUACCAAUGACCUGGUGGGGGGGCUCAUGACGGAUGGUUUACGCAGAUUGUCAGGAAAUGAAUACAUACUUUCCACAAAACAGCCUCACCACAUCCCCAGUCACCUGACGACCCCGCUGUCGUUAAACGACAUCCCCCCUCACAUCGCCCAGACCAUGGAGAAUGAGGACUCAUGGGACUUUGACAUCUUCAACCUGGAGUCCGCGACCAUGAAGCGGCCUUUGACCUACUUGGGCCUGAAGAUCUUCUCCCGCUUUGGGGUCUGCGACUUCCUCAGCUGCCCUGAGGCAACCUUGCGGUCCUGGCUACAAGUGAUUGAAGCAAACUACCACUCCACUAACUCUUACCACAACUCCAGCCACGCAGCUGAUGUCCUGCACGCAACGGCUUAUUUCCUCUGCAAGGAGAGGGUCAAGCAAAGUCUGGAUCCCAUCGACGAGGUGGCCGCGCUGAUUGCUGCCACCGUUCACGACGUGGACCACCCGGGCCGCACCAACAGCUUCCUGUGCAACGCGGGCAGCGAGCUGGCCAUCCUCUACAACGACACGGCCGUGCUGGAGAGCCACCACGCCGCACUGGCCUUCCAGAUCACCACGCGCGACGACAAGUGCAACAUCUUUAAGAACAUUGAAAGGAAUGAAUAUCGAACACUCCGACAGGCCGUCAUUGACAUGGUGCUCGCCACCGAGAUGACGAAACAUUUCGAACAUGUCAACAAGUUUGUCAACAGCAUCAACAAGCCACUGGCUGCUUUGGAGGAGAAUGGGGGAAACGGUGAAGAGGACUCUGUCAAAAGCAUUCUGACGUCCCCCGAGAAUCGCAUCCUUGUCAAGCGGAUGCUGAUCAAGUGCGCCGACAUCUCCAAUCCAUGCAGGCCUCAGGAGCUGUGUAUAGAGUGGGCCGGACGCAUCUCAGAGGAGUAUUUUGCACAGACCGACGAGGAGAAGAGACAAGGUCUACCCGUGGUCAUGCCUGUGUUUGACAGAAACACUUGUAGCAUCCCAAAGUCCCAGAUUUCCUUCAUAGACUACUUCAUUACGGACAUGUUUGAUGCAUGGGACGCUUUUGCAGACCUCCCCAAUCUGAUGCAGCACUUGGACAACAACUUCAAGUACUGGAAAGGCCUGGAUGAGAGAAAGCUGCACAGCCUGCGACCGCCUCCAGAGUAGGAGCUGCAGUCAUCGGCCCUGGGACUAUGCUUCCGUCCUCUCUCUCCUGCUGGGGGCGUCUCUCUCCCCCCCUGCCAGCCCAGCCAGCCGAAGGGCCUCCUCGCCUUCACUCUCCUGCUUCUGUAGCACGCCACGCGUCCACACAUCCAUUGAUGCAGAAACCACAGAAGGACUUCCUGACGGGCAGUUGCGGCCCGUAACGCUGCCGGCUCUGCGACGCCGUCAGACGAGAAACCGAAAGCAGACGAGGACACAAAACAGCAUCCCUAUGAACCCCUUGUGCCUCACAGGCAUUUACAGUGUAACUGGUCAAAUUGAUAUAACUGAGAGAGGGUCCUUACAUGUCCUUACAUGGCAAAGCGUCCGUCCCAUGACUGACCACGUGGGCUCUCCUGGUUUGCCUGUGAAGUUGCUGUUUAGUGAAAACUGCUUGUUUACCGAAGGAGAAUGGAGGAGUGGAUGGAAGUGCGGUCCGCGUAUGAAGGUCCAAUCCUCAUCAGGCCACAUUAACUCAUUUGGUCUCCAGGCCUGUGUUCAUGGCACGGCAGGACUGCUCCUUCUGCCCCUGGAGGCCACACCAUGAAAGAACACUCCACUGCUUUUUUUUUGGCAAUAGUUGUCCUUCAGAAACACAUCUAAGUUGACAUGUAGCUGUCAUGACGGACAUGGGGGGGAGGUGGGGGGGGUACCUUUUUUUUGGUCAGGAAGUGGAUCUUUACUGUAGGCCACUGCUGAGAGACAAAAACCUCAAUAUCAUGAUCAUAGGUAACUAAUUACAGAUGAUUUGGUAUGUUCAUUUUUCUUAGAUGUUCCAUAUUUUCUAUAUUAAAAGAAAUCAUGAGUGAAUUAGUUGAUACAUAACAAAAUCGAUUCAACAAAAAAAAAGAGAAAGAGAAGCCAAAGUUAAUGACGACAAAUACUACUAUAACGCUCAAAAAUGAUUAUUAUUAUUCAUAUGACACAUUACCAUAUUACACAUGUUUAUUUUCUUAUCAAAAGUACAGUACCAGUUUGAAUGAACACUUUCGUAUUGCACUGUAAACAAUAUUAGAAAUGUCUACGUCUCAGUGAUUUGUCCAGGGAUGGGAUGUUGCAUUGGAGAAUAAGCUGUUAUCGUUGAUCAUCAGGAGUUUUUGGUGGCGUGUGUGUGUGUGUGUGAGUGAGUGAGUGUGUGUAUGUGGGUGUGGGUGUGGGUGUGUGGGUGCAUUCAUUGUUGCAACAAUCCCUUACUCUUGGUUUAAUGCUGUAAACCGCUUGACAUUUGACAACAGCAGAAAUAUGUGAACACAUUUUGGACUUGAAAAAAAUUUUCUCCCAGAAAUUUUUGUAUCUGGUUUAUCCUACUGAAAAAGACUGCCUUAUUUUAUACAAUAUUUAUACAGUACAUCCCACUGUGCAACCGCAACAGACAUCUGGAGUUUUUCUUAUAACUUAGUCAGAAAGGUUAUGUUCAAGUAAAUCUCAAUAUUUUUAUAGACAAAGAAUUUUACACUGGAUUUGCAGCAAAUGAGAUCAGCCAUUCUAGCUAUCUGAAUACCUGUGAAAUGGAAGGUCACGCAGAGCAUGUAUACAGAGAACUGAAUGGUUAGGAAGGAUGUGGAUGGCAGAGUUGUCUAUCACUGUCUUUAAGCGACCUCCCAGAGGCCAGCUUGCAUUGAUUUUUGAUCAAACACCAUUCUGCUUCGGCCACUUUGUCCAGCACCCUGAUGCACAUACCCAGGGAACAGCUUUUUGUUCAAGGUUGAUUUCAGAUUAGGAUACUAAUAUAUGUUAAAGAUUGUUGCUUAUUAAGAAUAUUUCCUCAUUAAACAGUAUAUAAAUGCCAUAACAGCUAAGAAAAUGAUGGUUAACGAGCUGUAUUGACCAUGGUUAUCUUUGUUUCUCUCUUAUGACAGAAUUGUACACUCAAUCAGGGGAUUUGUUUGUUCCUUCUGAUUCACACCUUGGUCUGAAGGCACGGAGAAAAAUUAGAAACUAUUCAAUGAAAAAUAAAAUAUUGUCAAUUAUAA